AUGUUCAAUUUAGAUGAGCUUGAAACUGAUCUAGGAUUGAGGAUACCAAUUAACGAGAUUUGUUGUACUGACAAGCAAAAUGAGGAAGUUCGAAGAGCAUACUUGUUGAAAGGUCCUUGCCAACCUAAAGAUCAUAACUUUCCUUUCACUCUUUUCGGAGAUAAAAAGCGUAGGUUUACACCAGAGUGGUACAAAGAAGGUCCAAGUUGGAUGGAAUAUAGUGUGGCAAAAGAUUGCAUCUUUUGUUUAAAUUGUUGUCUUUUCAAAACUGAUUAUGGUGACCAAGCAGAUGGUGAAGUUUUUGUGAGUAGGGAAUUUAAUAAUUGGAAAGAUAAAGCGAAAGUGAAAAAACAUGUUGGAGAUCAUUAUAGUACUCAUAACCAAUGUCAUGCCAAGUGUGUUGAUUUGAUAAAUCAAAGGCAACACAUCGAUGUAAAUCUUGCUUGCGUGUCGAAAAAUGCCAAAUUGGACUAUCGCAUUCUCUUGAAUGCAUCAAUUGAUUGCAUUAGAUUUCUUUUACAUCAAGGAUUGGCAUUUCGUGGUCAUGACGAGUCGGUUGAAUCUGAAAAUCAAGUGAAAGAACAAAUGACUAUUGUUUUUCGCUAUGUGGACAAAAUAGGUUGUGUUAUUGAAAGUUUUAUCAGGGUUGUGCAUGUUAAGAAUACUUCUGCAAAGUCUUUGAAAAUUGCAAUAGAUGAAUUUUAUAAAAAAAAAAGAUUGAGUUUGACAAGUUUACGGGGGCAAGGUUACGAUGGAGCAAGCAAUAUGAGAGUUUUGGAUAACAUUCAAGAAGAACUCAAUAAUCGUUUUGAUGAAGUAAAUAUGAGGUUGAGGUUGCUUCAAUAUGUUAGCACCAAUGCCAAUUUCACUCAUGUCGAAGGGAUUGUCGACCUUACUAAAAAAAUGGUUGAGUUUAAGAAAGAUGUUGCUUACAACAAAGUUUUCUUGCUUAUUAAAUUAGCAUUGGUUUUGCCUGUGGCUACUGCAACAGUUGAAAGAGUGUUCUCUGCAAUAAAUCUUGUGAAAAAUAGUUUGCGUAAUCGAAUGAGAGACGACUAG